GAACUACUUUGAUUCAUAUAAAAACCCGCGUCUCGAUUCAGCAGGUAUCAGUUGCUUGUGAGCCUUUCAUCUCUUAACAACAACAACCUUUCAAUCAUUCAAAAUGAAAUCCUUCAUCGUAUUCGCUCUCUUCGUGGCCGCGGCCGUCGCUGCUCCAGCAUCUCCUGAUCAGGAUGCCCAAAUCUUGAGAUACGACAGUGACAACAUCGGUAUCGGAGAGUACAGCAACGCUGUGGAGACAUCCAACGGAAUCAAGAGAGCCGAACAGGGUGUCCUCAAGAACGUUGGAACCGAAAACGAAGCUAUGGAAGUUCGCGGAGAGUUCUCUUACCCCGGUCCCGAUGGCGUCCUCUACACCGUCACCUACGUCGCUAACGAGCUCGGUUUCCAGGCCUCCGGAGCUCACCUUCCCCAACCCCCCCAAUAAGUCGCUAAUUUAGCUUUAAUCUAGUCCAAAAUACUCAGCACCCCUUCCAUCUUCUGUUAAUCGUCAAACGAUUCUGUGAUACCACACGGUUUUUAUGUUGUUAAUAAACAAAGUUAUUUAAAUUUCA